GUUUGUCAAGCAAGAGAUGAGUCAAAAGUUUGAGGGGGGCAGGAUUUCCUUUAUCUUCAAGGAUGUAUUGAGUAGCUGUACGGGCAGCAGACAGCAUAUAUGUUAGCAGAGUUCCAUACCAGUGAUCUGUACCCUUUUGACCUGGAAUAUGCUCAGCAGUCAUGAGGACUUCUGGAUCCCAAGCAUUCCUCCUUCUCCUCCUUCUCCUCAUCUUCCUCUCAUCCCUGCUUUAUUACAUCUUCUUGGACCAGACUCUCUAUCUGCAGAAAUACCACCCAGCUGUUCCUCAGAGAAACAUCAGCAUCCUGCUGUGGCACUGGCCAUUUGGCCAUUCUUACAGGCUCGAUGGAGACAAAUGCCUCGAAAUGUAUAACAUCCGUCGCUGUUUCCUCACUGAUAACAUCUCCGCCUUCUCCACUGCUGAUGUGGUUGUCUUCCACCAUCAGGAGUUGAGAGGAGGUCUGUCCUCACUGCCCCUGCACCUGGAUCGUCCGGCCUCCCAGCACUGGGUGUGGCUGUCCAUGGAGCCUCCUGUCAACAAUGCAAACCUCACACCGCUCACUGGCCUCUUCAACUGGACAAUGAGCUACAGACGUGAUGCUGACAUAUCCAUCCCUUAUGGAAAGACCAUGCUCAGAGGUGAUGAGCUCAGUUUCAAGGCUGUUCCAAAUCGCUCGUGCCUUGUCAGCUGGGUGGUCAGCAGAUACCAGCCUCACCAGGCUCGGGCUGGUGUUUACCAAAGUCUAAAGAAGUAUAUCCCAAUAGAGGUGUACGGCAAGUGGAACAAGAAACCCCUGUCAAACAAGAAGCUGUUGCCCACAAUUUCAAAGUGUAUAUUUUACUUGUCUUUUGAGAACUCUGAGGCAAAGGACUAUAUCAGUGAGAAGCUCUGGAGGAACGCUUUCCAAGCAGGGGCCAUACCAGUUGUUCUCGGCCCCAGCAGGGCGGACUACGAGGCGCUGGCUCCCCCUGGUUCCUUUAUCCAUGUGGCUGAUUUCAAGAGCACAGCAGACCUGGCUGCCCAUCUGAAGCAUGUGGCUGCAGACAGGUGGGCCUAUGAGGAGUACUUCCAGUGGCACCACACUCACAGAAUAAAAACCUACACUGACUGGAGAGAAAGGCUGUGUCAAAUCUGUGUUCAGUUCCCCAGUUUACCAGCCAACAGAGUGUAUCAGGACCUGGAGAGCUGGGUUAACAGUUAAAACUUUAUCUCUUCAUGGUUUCAGGUCACUGAGCUGUUUUUUAAUUUUUUUUAUUAUUGGGACUGCCAAUGUUAAUGGGUUACCACAUGCAAAUGUGAAAUACCAUACAGUGACAAUUUGACGUAUGAUUUCAUGUGUGUUAGUCAGCUGUGCAGUUUCGGUAAACAGUGAGAGUGGGCAGACCUCAGAAACUGAUCUUUAGCGGUUGGUUGUGUGUUGUACAAAAAAGCAGAAGUGGUAUCUUGUGUGUAAUCAUAAAUAAGCAUGUUCCAUGUGUUAAAACUAC